CUGACUCCAUUGUUGCGGGAUCGACUCGAUUUAUGCAGCAUUACUUGCGCAAACGACGACAUGAGAGUUAAGAAUAAUCGUACUUCCCACCUCGCAUUAACAAAGUGACCAAACAGAAUAAGCGACAAAGGUGGUUCUCUGCAGCAGUAAAGCGGCCUUGCGAGACCGGGCGGGAUGGACGUGUUGUCUCCUUGGAUAGACGCGUCUCGAUCAAGACGGAAAGAAAGGACGCCGACGCCGAAGAUUCCCCAUUGGUGAUGACGUCUUUCAGCGCUCCUUCUGUUUCGAUGUGAGGCGGCUUCUUGGACAUUUUACUAAAAUGCAGAAACGAUUGUUCUCCAACUUGAGAAGACUUCAGCAUGAGAAUCCAUUGGGAUUGCCGAGAUCUGGCACGCCGCCAAAUCUGAGAGCUCGCAUGCAGAGAGGUUUACCGGAAAAGCGACCUAUUAAAGAUGUCAAGAAAGUCAUCGCAGUAUCGUCAGCGAAGGGUGGAGUCGGAAAAUCAACAAUAUCCGUCAACCUUGCUCUAGCAUUCGCCAGAAGCGGCUUGAGAACCGGUGUCCUCGAUACUGACAUAUUUGGACCCUCAAUCCCUACUCUUCUUGAUCUCGAGGGCAACGAACCACGACUAUCCUCCAGUAGGUCCAUACCGUAUUCCAAUCUUCGGACAUCACAAAUAAACAAACGCACAGACAAUCAGCUGAUACCCUUGACUAACUAUGGACUCAAAUCCAUGUCGAUGGGCUAUCUGGUACCUCAGACAUCAGCAAUUGUGUGGAGAGGAUUGAUGGUCAUGAAAGCACUUCAACAGCUUUUGCACGAAGUGGAAUGGGAUGGACUCGACGUUCUGGUGCUUGACCUCCCACCAGGUACUGGAGAUGUCCAAUUGACUAUAACUCAACAAAUUGAGCUCGAUGGAGCUGUAAUAGUGUCUACACCACAGGACGUUGCACUCAAAGACGCUGUUCGUGGUGUCGAAAUGUUUCGUAAAGUCAAGGUGCCAAUUCUAGGCAUGGUACAAAACAUGUCCGCCUUCACCUGUCCGAAUUGCUCCACAACGCAUUCGAUCUUCGGUCGCGAAGGUGUUAUCAAGAAGUGCGAGGAAAUGAACAUUAAGCUCCUUGCUGACAUUCCGCUGCAUCCGAGUAUUUGCGAAGAUGCAGAUCGCGGAAAGCCAACGGUAGUCGCAGAGCCAGAUAGUCUGAGAGCACAAGUCUUCAAGGAUUUGGCUGGAGACCUGCGAAAGCAACUGCAAUUCUGA